AUGGCUACCAUUAUCUGUCCUGGGGCAUGGGACCUUCAUCAUUGGACCAUGACGAAAUGCACGACUUGCCUCCUGGGCAGGGCCUUGAAUCAAACGUCCCGAAAGCAAACAGCUGCAAAAAAACAUACAGCGAGGAAGCUACCCAUUUUACGAGAACGACAACUUGCCAUCUUGGCUUGCCGUCUGUCCAAAAGACAUGUUGGCACGAUUGACCUGUUUGGCGGCCGGGCCGACGUGGUGUUUGCCUCGCACCACUGGCCGACCUGGGGGCAACGCAGCGCCGUCGACUUCCUCGCCUCGCAGCGCGACCUGUACGGCUACCUGCACGACCAGACGCUCCGCCUGCUCAACAGGGGGCUCACGGGGCCCGAGAUCGCCGAGGCCAUGGCGCUGCCGCCGGCGCUCGAGGGCGCCUGGGCCGCCCGCGGGUACUACGGCUCCCUGAGCCACAACGUCAAGGCCAUCUACCAGCGCUACAUGGGCUGGUUCGACGGCAACCCGUCCCAUCUGUUGGAGCAUCCGCCUGUCGACCGCGCCCGGCGGUACUUGAAGCUCGCGGGGGGCGCGGGCCAGGUCGUCGACCGCGCGAGGGAGGCCCUUGGUGAGGGCGACUUCCGCUGGGCGGCCGAGAUUCUCAACCACGUCGUGUUUGCGGAGCCCGAGCACGCCGAGGCGAGGGGCCUGCUGGCAGAUACGUACGAGCAGCUGGGCUACGGGAGCGAGAACGGGCCGUGGCGGAACUUUUACAUGUCGGGGGCGGCGGAGCUGCGCGGCGGCAAGUUUGGCGCCCCCACGUCGACUGCUUCCGGGGAUGUGGUCGGCCAGCUCACGCCCGAGAUGGUGUUUGACUCGCUGGCCGUCAGGGUCGACGGGCCGAGGGCGUGGGGGCAGAGGCUGGCGAUUGACGUGGUGCUGGUGGACGCCGGCGAGCGGUACAGGCUGUGGCUGUCCAACGGGGUCUUGGUGUAUUCGGCGGCGAGGCCGGAGACGAGCCCGGACGUGACGCUCUCGGCGACGCGGAGGCAGCUUUGUGCGCUGGUGGGUUUGGGACGGGGUCCGGAUGCUUUGAGGGCGGCCGGGAUCGAGAUUGACGGGGAUGUCUCGAUGCUGGCGAGGCUCGGGGGGCUGCUGGAUCCGGGGGACAGGAACUUUAAUAUUGUUACGCCGUGA